AUGCGUGUGCAUGACUUGACAAGACACCGCCUGUCAGUGGCAGCAGACUUCGACUAUGUUUGGAAAGAUGUGGAACCUGGCCAACUCGCUGCAGAAUUCCAGAAGGAUCCGCCAGAGGGGCCCACGGACUAUGGUCAGAUCCUGCAGAAGUUGGAGAAAAAUAUUUUCCCCGGAGCUCUCAGCUGGCAGCACCCGCAGUUCAUGGCCUACUAUCCCUCAGCCAGUAGCGUUCCUGCCAUCCUCAGCGAGACAGUGAUUGCCAGCAUUGGCUCUGUUGGUCUGCAGUGGAAGUCUAACCCCAUCGGCACUGAGCUGGAGGUGGUGGUCAUGGAUUGGGUCGCCAAGUUUCUUGGUUUGGGACCAGCAUUUCAUCACACUUCUGGCGUGGGUGGUGGCAUCAUACAAAACACUGCAGGCGAAGCGAUGCUGAAUAUGAUGAUCUGCGCACGAACGCGGAUGCAUCGCCGGCUGCAGCCAGAUCUGUCAUGGGAGGAUGCUUUUCAUCAGGAUUCUUCCUCCUUUGCCGUAUACAUCUCGGAUCAAGCGCAUUUCAGCGUGGAGAAAGCUUGCCGUUUGGCAGGGCUGCGCUGUCGCCGUGUGCCUGCGCGAUUGGAAGGAAAUUAUAGCCUUCAUCCGAGUGAUGUGAAGGAAGCGAUGGAGAAAGACCGUGCCGCAGGUUUGCGACCAGUGGCAUUGGUCUUGACCUAUGGAUCCACCAACACCUCAGGAACCGAUGAUAUAGCCGCCUUUAAGGAUUUGGCGAAGGAGGAAGAUUUGUGGAUUCAUGUCGAUGCCGCCUACGCUGGCGCUGCUUGGGCGUUGGAUGAAUUCCGCAAGGAUUCGCAAGCAGUUAGCGAUGUGGUCACCUCAGUGAACAUGAACGGCUCCAAGUGGUUCCUCUGUGGUUUUGACUCAGCGUUUCUUUGGGUUCGAGAUCGCAACCUCUUGUUGGAUGUCUUCUCAGCCUCUGGGGUUUUCAUGGCAGAAGUGGGGGAGACGUCAAUCUACAAUCCAGAGUUCAAGGACUGGUCAGUUCCUCUUGGCCGACGCUUCCGGGCUUUAAGAAUUUGGAUGGUUUUUGAGUACUUUGGAACCUCUGGUGUCCGCUCGUACAUUCAGCAGGCCAUCGACCAGGCCUCGUGGCUUCGAUCCAAGAUAGAGGAAAGUCCUCUGUUCGAGCAGCCCGUGCAGACCAAGUUCGGCUUAGUGUGCGUUCGGAGCGUCAAGGGAGAGGAGACCACACAGCAACUGGCCAAGCACUUGUCAGAUUUGGGCUACGGCAUCGCCCCAUCCAAGAUUUGCGAAAAAGAUGCUUUGCGCAUCGCCUUGGGAUCUGCUGCCACAACGCAGGCUCAUGUCGAGCAGCUGUGGAAGGACAUGGUGACUUUUGCUGAGCAACACUGAGCUGCGGCCGGCUGCUUGGGCCGGACAUAUUGCAACUCAACCAAUUGCACCCAGAGUUUUCAGAUGUUAGGCCCUCAUAGUAGUGUUGGGUGCCUCCAAAAGCAGCAAUUUCCUUCGAUACAGCUUGAAUGCUGCAACAAGAUUGAGAAAGAUCACCUUUUGGAUGCACAUAGGAUGGAACGGUGGUGGAUUUUGGACAUGG